GACUUUCAAUUUUCUCCUUUUGUUUAUUUUUGUCCCUUGGUUUAUUAUUAAUUUGAAAACCUUCCUUUAACUAUUAGGAAAAGUUUGAUUUGUAUAUUCCUCUGUUUUUUUUUUGCCAGCCCUUUAUCUUUGGUGUUAAAGGUAUUUUCUCAGUUUUUCUUUCAUGGCCAUCAUAUUGAUCUAUUUAUUGAUUACUUUUUCCAGGUUGGAGAGAAAGACAGUUAAGAGGAAAAGAGUUUUUGCUACUUUAAAAGUUCUAGGCACAGUCCUUCAGCAGCUGACUGAGGAAAUUCCUGAUGAGCUGAGACGUGUGAUGGAAACUGAUGCAGCUAUGAUGGAUGACUUAAUUGCUUAUAAUAUUAUUCCACUUGAUGCUCCUAGCCCAACAAAUCGUAUUGGGUUUUUCCCCGAGGUUCAAGCAGCAAUCUCAGUGUUAAAGUAUAGGGGACUGCCAAAAUUGCCCGAGGAUUUUCCCAUCCUGCUACAAGAAAAGCUGAUGUUCUUGAUUUUCUGCACUACAUUUUUGGAUUUCAGGUUUGUACGUCUAGAUCAAGUGGUAUAUUGGAUUUGGAUUUAGUGUAUUUUCUUUCAUUUGUGCUAUAAGUUGCAUGUGGUUGCUAUGAG